UGCUCUUUCGACUGUCAUUCUGCACUUGGAUUUGGAGCUGAGCUGUUAGAGAAACUGGGAGAUGGACUCUGGAGAUUUGAAACGCUGGAAAGCAUCUGAAGAAUGGACCUUGUUGAAGAACAAACUCGGUGGAUUACUGACAGAAGAAGAAGAAAACCGACCCGCUGGACAAACGGAUCAGACAGAAGAGCAGCUGCUGUUUGGAGGCCUGACAGACCUGGAGAGUCAGCACACAGGUCUCCUGAUGUGAUUGUGGACCUUCCCACCUCUGAGACGACAGAAAAGUGGCCUUUGAAUGCUGUUCUGUACACGUUUUAUAAAAUGCACUAUUUUUUUUGUUCUUAUUCUUUGCCUUGUCUUCUCUUUUAUUGUCCUUCUUUCAUCAUGUUUUCUGCCUUCUUCCUCUCCUACUACUCUUCUUCUUGUCUGUUUUCUAAUCCUUCUUCUUCCUCCCUCUCCUCCUUUUUCUCCCCCUCUCGUCAUCUCAUCCCUUUCCUUCCAUUGUUUUGUCCUCCUCUUUCCCCCUUCCUUCUGCUUCUACUGCCUUCAGUUUUUUUCUCCAUUUUCUUCUCCUCUUCUGUCUUUUUUCCCCUUCCUUUGCCUCCAUUCUGCUUUUUCCUUCAUGUUCUCUUCCUUUCUCUUAACUACUUUUUCUUCUUCACCUUCUUCUCUCCCUCGUUCCACUCAUUAUUCUUUGGAUUCCUUCUUUACCUCCAUCUUCUUUUCCUUCUCCUUCUGUCAUCUUCAUCAUCUCUUCAUCCCUCUACUUCUUGUUUUCCUUUAUCCUUUUCUCCACCUCCUUCACUUCCUCCUUCUUUCCUCCUUUCUUUUUCUUUUUCUCCUCUUCCUAUUCUGUCAUCUUCUUAGCCUUUUCUCUUCUUCUGUCUUCUUGUCCUUCUUUCUCCUCCCGUCAUUUUCCUCUUCUUCUUUCAUCUCCUCUUCCCUCCACCCUUGUUCUCCUUCUCCCUUCUCUAUUACUCCUCCUUCCAUCUUUCUCUUCUUUCUCCUCUUCCUUCAGUCUUUGUCUCCUUCUUUCUCCUCCACUGUUUUUGUUUCUUUGUCAUUCUUUUCAUUUUUCUCACUCUUUUAUUCUCCUCCUCGCUUCAUUGUCUCCUUACACAACUUCCUUUACUCCUUGUUCUUGCAUUUUCUUUCUGUCCUUCAUUCUUUUGUUAUUCUUCUCCUUCUUUUUGUCACUCUUGUCUUCUCCUCGUCCUUCUUUUUCCUGUAUUUUCUUCACAUUUUACUUCCUGUUCUACUUAUUCUUUUUCAUUUCUUUCUCUAUUACUCCUUGUUCCCCCUCUUUCUACUCUUCCUCACUCUAUUGUUUUGUCUCCUCCUUCUCUUGUCUUCCUUCUCCUUCUGUCUUGUCAUUUUCUUAUCCCAUCUUCCUAUUUUGUUACUCCUUCCUCCUCUCCUUUUUUCUUCUUCUCUUCCCCUUUCUUCUUGAGUUGUCCUCCUCCUUUCUCUCCUAGUACUGCUUCUUUUCCAACUCUUCCCCUCUUUCCUUGUUGUUCUUUCUCCUUCUCUUCCUCAUGCUUUCCUUUUGUCUUUUGUUUUUUCUCCUUCUUUUGGCUUCUUCUUUAUUCUCCUUCUGUUUUUCAUUUUUUCUCCUCUUACUCCUCUGUCUUCUAUUUAUUUCUCCUCUGCCAUCUUUUCCUGCUUCUGUCUUCUCAUUUUUCCUCCCUGUGCUCCCUCAUUCUUUUCUUCUUCUCCUUCUUUUGCUUCCUCCCUUUUCUGUCUUCUUUCUCCUUCUUUGUCUUGUUCUUCUUCAUGUCCUUCUUUCUACCUCCUCUGUCUUUUUUAUCCUUUCUCCUCCUCCUUUCUCUUCUUCUCCUUCUUUCUCAUUUUCCUUCUUUGUCUACUCUGCUCUUCCUCAUUCCUCUCUCCUUCUCCUUCUGUCUAUUUUUAAUUAUUCUUGUCUUCCUUGAGUUUUCUUUCUCCUUCUUUUUUUCUGUUUCUAUUUCUGUUUUUCUUAGUCCUCUCGUCUUUGUCCUUCUACAUUUUAUUUCCUCUGGCCCUUUCUCUCUCCCUCUUGCUUAUCCAUCUCUUCCGCCUUCUGAUUCUUCCUCCUCAUUCUCUUCUCCUUUUCUACCUUCUUUUUCUGCUCCCCAUUCCGUCUUCUCCUUCUUCCUCCUUUUCUCCUCCUGUCCUCUCAUUCUUUCUUCUCCUUUUCAUUCUUGUUAAUGAUCUUCCUGUCUUCUUCUCCUCCCUUGUUUUUCUCCUUCCUGCUCUCUGUUCCCCCUUUUUCUUUGUUCUCCUUCUUUCUCUCCCACUAUGUUUUCAUCUCUUCAUCCCUUUUACUCGUUGCUUUUCCUUAUUCUUCUCUUCUUCCUCUUGUUUUAGAUAUCUUGUGCUUCCUCCUUCCCAAUCUACUCUCCCUCAUUCUUAUCUCCCCUUCUCUUCAUCUCAUUCUUUUCUUCUCCUUCUGCCUUUGUCUCAUUCAUUCUUCUCUGCUCUUCCUCAUUCUUCUCUUCUCCUUUUCCUUCUGUCUACGUCUUAUUCGUCUCUUCCUCGUUCUUUUCUUCUUCUACUCCUUAUUUUUCUCCUUCUUCUUCUCUUGUCAUUUUUCCUUCUCAUUCACCGCUUUUUCCUUCAUGUUCUCCUCCCCCUCCUAAUGCAUCUACUACUUUUCCAUCUCCUCCUCUUCUCUUCUUCUCCUUUGUCCUUCUUCUGUCUUCUUCUUCCUCCUCCUUUUCUGUCUUCCUUUUCCUCCUUUUCAUUGUUUUAUUGUCCUGUCUUCUACUCCUCCUCUUUUCUUCCUCUUUCUGUUCUCCUUUCUUCUCCUCUUCCUCCUUCUUCUACUCCUGUUUUCUACUUUCCUCUUCUACUCAUUCUUCUUCAUCUCUUCCUCCCUUUACUCAUUGUUCCUCUCCUUCCUUCUUCUCCUUCUCUCCCUCAUUCUUUUAGUCUUGUCUUCUUCUACUCCUUUCAUUCUUUUCUUCUGUCUUGUCAUUCUUAUCCCAUCCUUCUAUUUUUUCUCCCUCCUUCUCUUCUUCUGUUUUCUUCUUUUCUAUCCCUUUUUUUCAUCCUCUACUCCUGCUAGUUUUCAAACUCUUAAUCCCUUUACUCCUUGUUCAUCCUCCCUCUCCUUCACUUUCUGUCCUCUCCGUUCUUCUGCUCCUCCUUCUGACUUCUACUUUUCUUCUGUCUUCUCCUUCUGCCUACUAGUUUUUUCCUCCUUCUGCUCCUUGUUCUGUUCUCUCCCUCAUUCUUUUAUUCUUCUUCUGCUUCUUCUUUCUUCUCCCUUUCAU